CGCGCGGUCGUGGAUGUUCGCGGCGCUCGCGAGCAAACCGCGCGCGCGUCUCUUCCCCUCUCCGGUCGCCGUCCGUCGCCACACCGUCCGCGACGCGCCCAUCGCGCGCGCGUUCUUCAAGAGCAAGAGCGCCGACGCGUCGUCGUCGUCCGCGGCGGAUACCAUGGGGACGAGGUACAAGGAGAUUCGCGAGAUCCUCCGCGCGCCUCCGCGGCACUGGGUCGGGAACGGCUUCCACGUCUUCCCCGUGUUCCACAACCGCGCGUUCACGAAAGAACUCUCCCCGUGGCUCAUGUUCGACUACGCCGCGCCGAAGGAGUUCUCCCCCGGGUACGAGAGGCGCGGCGUCGGGCAGCAUCCCCAUCGCGGGUUCGAGACGAUCACGAUCGCGUGGCAGGGCGAGGUGGAGCACGGCGACUCCGUGGGCAACCGCGACGUCAUCGGCCCGGGGGACGUGCAGUGGAUGACCGCCGCGCGAGGUAUCAUCCACGAGGAGUUCCACAGCACGGAGUUCACGCAGCGCGGCGGCGUCUUCGAGAUGGCGCAGCUGUGGCUGAACCUUCCGGCGAAGCACAAGAUGGACCCGCCGCGAUACCAGCCCAUCCUCGCGAAGGACAUCCCGGUCGUUCCUCUGAAGCCGGCGCGUUCAGAGGACGCGGGAAAAGUCUCGUCGAGUGGCGGCGAGUGCACGAUCAGGGUCAUCGCGGGGGACGAGAAGACGUACGGCGUCAAGGGCGCGGCGUCGACGCACACGCCCGUGGAGCUCCUCGACGUUCGCGUCGCCGUCGCCGACGUGGACUUCGACGUCCCCGUCCCUGACGGCCACAACACCGUGGUCUUCGUCAGGAGAGGCGGGAUCACCGUCGGCGAGGGGAAGAAGAAGGUGGAGCAGCAGGGCGUCGCGCUGAUGCACCUCGGCGGGGACACGUUGCGGUUGACCGCGACGGAGAAGGACACGGAGAUUUUGGUCCUCGCGGGGGAGCCCAUCGACGAGCCCAUCGCGGCGCGCGGGCCGUUCGUGAUGAACACGCACGAGGAGAUCUCGCGAGCGAACAAGGACUUCAUGAACGGGCUGAUGGGACAGUGAGCGUGCUGUGUGGCGUGCGGCGAUGAACGACGACGCGCGCGCGAGUGAUGAGUUAUCCGUCGACGCGACCUUCACGGUAUCGUUACGUAUUCUGUAUUACGAUUACGCGUACGCGCC